AUGGUACGAUCUCUGACCCAAAAAGUUAUAAAUGCACUACAGGCAGACUAUGAUACAUCCGAAGUGCAAUUCCUGAUCUACCCGACUACACCGCCAGAGGUGAAAGAUGAAUUGAUAGUUGUUCAACAUGAGCAACGUACAGAGGUGGUAUGCUUCAAGAAAACUAUGAUGAAGAUAUUCAUUGAAUGUCAUAAACUAUUUUAUCAGUUGGAUAGUUUAGAUGAUGAUGAGAAGCUCUUAGUAAUUUCGGGAUUAUUGUUGACCACUACAGAAAAUAGAACAGCAUUGAACAUGUUCCUAGCAAAAUUGAAUAAAUUGAGAGCGAAUGAAAUUAACAGAGAAAUUCUCUUCGUUGAGCGCUUAUUGAGUUGUAACUCUGCAAGAUUGAAUAAGUCGUCAUCGUUAUGGGAUCUUUACAAAAAACUAUACACCGCAUAUGGUAGCAACCUCAAGUUCAAGGUGUGGGAUACUGUCACUAUAUCUUGUGAGCGACACUUUGCAAAUUAUUACUGUUGCAACUUCAUAAGAUGGUUUCAUAGCCAGCUAAACGAUAGCCACAGGCAAAAUUUUGUGGACAACUUUCUGCGUUUUUCAAAGAAGCAUGUAAAUGAUCCUUCGAUAUGGAGUGCACUAGGCAUUAUGAUAGGUAAAACUGAUUUUGAUCAAGUCAUUAUAUUUAUAGACUCCUUGCCGGUAACUACGUGGUCACCUUUUUUAGCAGUUUUAGAAUUUGGAAGUCGAAAUACGCAAAUAAUCCCGUCACUAAUGAAACAUUGGACGAAAGAUGAUACGAUUUCUUUCUAUAAUGGAACACCCAUUAUUCCGGACUACAUUGAAAACGAUUUAAACUCCAAAUCCAAAUUUAUGAGUAAUGCAUGGAAAACUCACUUACUCGAGAAGUUGCAGAGGCUCCAAUUGGAUGCCACAUAA